CCCUAGAUCUGAAUUCGUCCCCAAAAUCCGUCUCUGUUCUCGCCUUUCCCUUCCUCUUCUUCCCCCCCAUUUCUGAUUUUCGCCGGCGGCUUUCGACGAGCCAAAUCUUCCGCAGCCUCUUUGCGUACUCUCUCUCCUCUCUCCCCUCUUUUGUCUCCGUCUGGCUCACAGAGACUCUGAAAUCUCUCUUCGUUUUUCCACCACGACGCGAGCUGAGAGAACAGACAAGGGUUCUUUCUGGAUUCGAUUCGACGCAGAACCUUUUACCUCGUACUGGGUUUUGAAUCCUCGGCUCAUACAUCCCGAAGAGCGGUCGUUUCUGAACGGAAUUGCAGAGGAUUGAUCGUCGUGUUGUCUUGCUUAGCUUCUGCCUCCAUAUAUAUCCCUAGUUGCCCGGUCGUUCUCAGAGGCGAGAUCGAUUAUACCGUUUUUAGUUAACUUAAGCUUCUCGCGAGCAAACAUGGCGGCCAUGGCACAGCUUCUCUUUUCUGUGAAUCCCAAACAGAGCAGAGUGCCAUUGCCAAGAAUAACCCGAGGGGAAUGUGAUCCAACGCUUUCCAUCACGUUCCCUCGAAAUGGGUCUGCCUCUUCACUCCACACCAAGCUCUCCAGCUCUUCCUCUCCUUCAACCCUCCAGCUUUCAUUUGCCGGAGGUGAUGGAACUGGCGGUUUCUCAGGAAAUGGCGGUGGAAAUGGUGGAGACGGUGGAAAAUGGGACGGCCAUGGAGAUUCAGACAGGGAUGACUCUUCCUCGUCUUCGUGGGGACCGUUAGGUCUUCUGAUCGAAGGAUGGCGGUCACGAGUCUCAGCCGAUCCCCAGUUCCCUUUCAAGGUUCUAAUGGAGGAGCUAGUUGGCGUAACGGCUUGCGUCCUCGGAGAUAUGGCAACCCGCCCGAACUUUGGCCUCAACGAGCUCGAUUUCGUGUUCUGCACUCUCGUCGUGGGUUCCAUCCUUAACUUCGCCCUUAUGUACAUCUUGGCUCCAACCUCAGCUUCCUCAUUAGCCUCCAAUGCCUUGCCUGGGAUCUUCGCAACCUGCCCGCCGAGCCACAUGUUCGAGCCAGGCAGCUACACAGUUCUGAACCGGUUCGGCACGUUCGUGUACAAAGGAGUCGUAUUUGCAGCUGUGGGAAUGGCUGCCGGGCUCGUGGGGACCGCACUAUCCAACGGGCUGAUCAUGAUGAGAAAGAAGAUGGACCCGGAGUUCGAGACACCGAACAAGCCGCCUCCUACGCUGCUCAAUGCCUCGACUUGGGCGGCCCACAUGGGAUUGAGCAGCAACCUGAGGUACCAGACGCUGAACGGAGUCGAGUUCUUGCUCGACAAGUGGAUGCCUCCGCUGGUGUUCAAGACAUCGGUUUUUGUCAUGAGGUGUUUGAACAACGUUGUCGGGGGAAUGUCGUUCGUUGUCCUGGCGAGGCUGACGGGGUCGCAGUCCGUCGACAAGGGGAAUGAAACGGGGACAGUGGCAGUGACAGCGGAGGAGGAAGAGAGGUUGAUCCAUGGCAGACAGGAUGAUAAGUGAUCAGUUUCAGACAUGGUCUUUUAUUUUUAUUUUUACUUUGUAUAAUCUCGUGUACUUGUCCUGAGAUCUUGGGUUUUGGUUUUAGCUUCUGAUGUGAUGAUGACUGCGAGUUUCCAAUAAAACGAAUCACUUCAUUA